UUUGUCUAUUGUGAUGAAGAGUGUUUUAAAUCUUUAGCCUUUGAGUUUUCAGAUUCGUUUCAUACAUUGAACUCACUGGUUCUUUAUCAAAAAGAAUUAUCAUCAAAAAGAUUCAGAAAUAGCGUUUAGCUUCUAUAACUUCUCAAAUGGCAGAAGAAGAAAUGAGAAAGCACCUUGUGCUGGCCAAACCUUUUUCAUUGGAAGAUGAAAAAGAUUCUGAGCACACAGCUUCGAAUGUUAUCCGCAAGAUCCUCAGCCUCUUCAAGACCGUACGCCCAGGAUCUGAUCUCACCAAUUUUCAGCUGCCACCUCAGCUGAACCUACCAAGAUCACAACUCCAAUGUUACGGCGAGAUGGUCUACAGCUUCGGCGGUCAGGAUCUGCUUGGGGAAUGCAGCCGCCGUGAUCUUCCCAUCGAACGGUUUAAAUCGGUAGUGACGUGGAAUAUAUCCACACUCCGUCCGCUGGUCUUUGGCAUGUCUCCGUACAACUCCGUUCUCGGCGAGACUCACCACGUCUCCAACGGUCACAUCAACGUCAUCGCCGAACAAGUAGUGCAUCAUCCUCCGGUGUCCGCACUUCAUGCGACUCACGAACAAGAAAAUAUCGACGUGACAUGGUGUCAAUAUUUCACUCCUAAAUUUCGUGGUACUUACGUGGACGUUGAGGUAAAGGGUAAAAGAGUUAUGAAGCUUCUGAAUCGUAAAGAGACUUAUGAGAUGGACCAACCGAGACUAAUUAUGAGAUUCUUACCGGCGCCGGGAGCUCACUGGGCCGGAAAAGUCAAGAUAAAGUGUCCGGAGACUGAUCUCGAAGCUGAGUUACAUUUGAUAUCCGAUUCCUUCAUUGAAAGAUUCAGAGGCAACAACAACAGAUCACUUAAAGGAAAGAUAUUAGAAUCUUCCUCUGGUCAUCAGCUCUACAACAUCUAUGGCCAUUGGGACAGAACGGUAAUGGCAAAAAAUCUAAAGACUGGUGAGGUCGAGGUUAUCUACAAUGCCAAGGAGAAUAUCACAGGACUCAAACCUCCAACUGUCAAGAAUCUGCAGGAGGUAAUGGAGAGCGAGUCAACGAUGGUGUGGAGUGAAGUAAGUGAAGGAAUACUGAAGAAAGAUUGGGAAAGAGCAAGAGAAGCUAAGAUACUUGUGGAGGAGAAGCAGAGAGAGGCUCUGAAACAGAGAGAGGCUUCUGGUGAGUCAUGGGUUCCCAAACAUUUCUCAGUGGUCAAGAAGGGUAAAGACUGGGACUGCUCACCGCUACAGCCCACCGUUCCUCGGGCUCCACUCAUCAUCACAGAGGCAGAAGAAGAGAAAAUGAGAAGGCACCUUGUGCUGGCCAAACCUUUUUCUCUGGAAGAUGAGAAAGAUUCUGAGCUCACAGCUUCAAGUGUCAUCCGCAAGAUCCUCAGUCUCAUUAAGACCGUACGCCCAGGAUCUGAUCUCACCAAUUUUCAGCUGCCACCUCAGCUGAUUCUACCAAGAUCACGACUCCAAUGUUAUGGCGAGAUGAUCUACAGCUUCGGCGGUCAGGAUCUACUUGGGGAAUGCAGCCGCCGCAAGCUUCCCAUCGAACGGCUCAAAUCGGUGCUGACGUGGAACAUAUCCACACUCCGUCCCGUGGUCGUUGGCAUGUCUCCGUAUAACCCCGUUCUCGGCGAGACUCACCACGUCUCCAACGGCUACAUCAACGUCCUCACCGAACAAGUAGUGCAUCAUCCUCCGGUGUCCGCACUUCAUGCGACUCACGAGAAGGAAAAGAUUGACGUGACAUGGUGUCAAUAUUUCACUCCUAAAUUUCGUGGUGCGUACGUGGAUGUUGAGGUAAAUGGUAAAAGAGUAAUGAAGCUUCUGAAUCGUAAAGAGACUUAUGAGAUGGACCAACCGAGACUAAUUAUGAGAUUCUUACCGGCGCCGGGAGCUCACUGGGCCGGCAAAGUCAAGAUAAAGUGUCCGGAGACUGAUCUCGAAGCUGAGUUACAUUUGAUCUCCGAUUCCUUCAUUGAAAGAUUCAGAGGCAACAACAAUAGAUCAAUUAAAGGAAAAAUAUUAGAAUCUUCCUCUGGUCAUCAGCUCUACAACAUCUAUGGCCAUUGGGACAGAACGGUAAUGGCAAAAAAUCUGAAGACUGGUGAGGUCGAGGUUAUCUACAAUGCGAAGGAUAAUAUCACAGGACUCAAUCCUCCAACUGUCAAGAAUCUGCAGGAGGUAAUGGAGAGCGAGUCGGCGAUGGUGUGGAGUGAAGUAAGUGAAGGUAUACUAAAGAAAGAUUGGGAAAGAGCAAGAGAAGCUAAGAUACUUGUGGAGGAGAAGCAGAGAGAGGCUCUGAAACAGAGAGAGGCUUCUGGUGAGUCAUGGGUUCCCAAAUAUUUCUCAGUGGUCAAAAAGGGUAAAGACUGGGACUGCUCACCUCUACAGCCCACCGUUCCUCGGGCUCCACUCAUCAUCACAGAGGUGCAAGGAGAAAUCAUAAACCGGUUUCAAGAUUCCAAAACUUUGUGUUGAUGAUAGAAUUGAUAACGACCCAUCCAGCGGAAAUCACAAAAUAAAACUCUUAUAACCAA